GCGGACAGCGUUGCGAACACGGGAACCUGUGCCCUAAACCCCACUAGGACUCUCCAGCAUUCCUUCUUCUCGCCUUCGUUCGACUCCGAGGUGCCUUAGGCGCAUCGCCAUCGCCCUUUGGGACCCUGCUCUUCACCGUCCGCCGCCAUGGGUAAGACGCGUGGUAUGGGAGCCGGGCGAAAGCUCAAGAACCACCGCAGAGCCCAGCUUUGGGCUGAUAAGUCUUACAAGAAGAGUCACUUGGGUAACGAGUGGAAGAAGCCAUUUGCGGGCUCCUCCCACGCGAAGGGAAUUGUUCUUGAGAAGAUUGGUAUUGAAGCCAAACAGCCCAACUCUGCCAUUCGAAAGUGUGCUAGGGUACAGCUGAUCAAGAACGGAAAGAAGAUCGCUGCUUUCGUUCCCAACGAUGGCUGCCUGAACUACAUCGAGGAAAAUGAUGAGGUUCUGAUUGCUGGAUUCGGACGAAAGGGACACGCUGUGGGAGACAUUCCCGGAGUAAGGUUCAAGGUGGUGAAGGUUUCUGGCGUGUCUUUGUUGGCUCUCUUCAAGGAGAAGAAGGAGAAACCGCGAUCUUGAGUAGCUUGGUUCCAGUUAAGAUAUGUCGAGCUGUUCGCACGACGAGAUGAAUUCAGUAAAAUGUGCUAUACACUAUCAGA